AUGGACACAGGCCGAAUCAGCAAAUCAAAUCGUGAUCGCAAUCGAAGUGCCUUCACGCUCGUGGAACUGCUCGUAGUUAUCGCUGUCAUCGGCAUCUUGAUCUCGCUCCUGCUCCCAGCGGUGCAGGCCGCGCGGGAGUCGGCCCGACAGAUGCAGUGCAAGAAUAACUUGCGACAGAUCGGCAUCGCGGUAAUCAACUAUGAGACGUCGAUUGGCACCUUUCCGCCAGGAAGAUUGUUUCCCGAUUGGACUCGCGUGACAUCAAGUGGUCCAGUUCCCGUUACAAGCUACACCAACUAUGAGGGUGUUCGACAAGAGAACGAAGGAGAAUGGACUGGCUUUCACUCGGUUCAUCUUCGGAUUCUGCCAUACAUAGAAAGCGUCAACCUCUUCAAUAAGAUUGACUUUGAGACGGCUCAGGUCUUGCGUAUGACGGCCAGCGGUAAGCCCUACAACAUCAACUAUGAUGCUUACAAUGAGAUUGCCGGGAUGUAUAUAUGCCCAAGCGAUGACAAUUCCGGGCGAAUUACCUCGGAGAACAAUUAUCGGUACAACUUCGGUGGCUCCACACCCUACGGUGGUGCGGAGAAAACGAACAAACAGACUACGCACGACGUUGAGAAGAACGGGUUGCCUGCCCUAGGGAAUGGCGCGUUCACCGGAGGUCGCGGGCUUAGUCACGCAGAGUUUACCGAUGGGCUGUCGCACACCGCAUUCUUUUCCGAGCGAAUCAAAGGGAGCGGUCUUGAUCCCGAAGUAGAUCUUCCGACCGAUGCAGAUGUAACGGUAAUGUACAACCGGCAAAAUGGGCUCGUUGAUCGAGAAGAGAUGUUCAAUGAUUGCUUGACCUUGGAACUCCAAUUGCACCCGAACAACUUCAUGUCCUCGGGGCGAUGGCUAUACGGAUCGGACUACUCAAACGGCUUUCCGUUCGCGGCCUAUUCUUCAACGAUGUACAACCACGUAGCUCCACCUAAUUGGGAAGCCGUCGACUGUGGCAACUAUAGUGCAAUUCCUGAUACCCCGGGAGAGCACGCCAUUAUCUCGGCACGUAGUCGACACCCUGGAUUGGUCCUUGUCGCGUUUGGCGACGGUCACGUUAGUGCGAUAUCUGAUUCGAUUGAUCUCCAGAUAUGGCGAGCACUUGGUACUCGCAAUGGCAGCGAAACAGUAGAUGGUGAGUACUAG